GCUUCAGCACGGAGAGGAGCGUUGUCCAGUGUUUGUAAACCAUUGAUCAGCGAGACGACAACAGCGGCCUCUGUCCUCUCUUCUCCUCUCCUUCUCCUCGUCUUCCUCGUUCUCCUCCUCAUCCCUCUGCCCUACGGUUCCUCACUACGUGGUGGCUGGCCGCUCAAGGAGUCAAAGGUUCAGACGAAAGCCGAGGGCAUCUCAACCCAGCACAGCCAGCACUCAAGCACAGCGCUCCACGGUCACUCCUGUCGUCUGUCUGCAUCACCCAGCUGAAGUGCGCCCCCGUGUGGGAACGAAAUGUCGGGUCCCUUCUACCACCAACGAACCUCGCUCAGUUCCUCGCGGUCCUCGCUGCCUUCCAUGCAGGCCAUGCCGCACGUCGCCCAGUACAGUGACGGCUACAACCCGGCGGCGCUCCCCAAGGGGCCUCUCCGCGUGCCGCAGAAGCACCAGCGCCGCAGCACCGGCCCCAGCACGUAUCCGCCGCCGUACGUCUCCUCGGACGCGAGCACCGGUAACAUCACGCCCGAGUCGCGGCCGUCGGGGGGCCCUGCGGCCGGAAAGGAGACGGCCGCACCGGACGGGUCGGGUGGCUCCUCGGACAGGACCGAGGUGCCGCCGGCCGAGGGGGACCGCGGUGGCGGCGGCGGUCAUGACAAGGCCUGGUUUGCUCACCGAAAGCGCUCGUGCCGGUUCCUCGUCGUCGUGGGAGUCGUCACAGCCAUCAUUGUUGGUCUCGCCGUGGGCCUGGCUGUCGGUCUGAGAAGGCGGGGGGGCACGUCAGGAAAGGGCUCAAGCUCCAACUACAAGUUCCCCGCCGGCUCCUACACGUUCGACAUGUCCCUCAAGAGCGAGAACCAGGACUGCACGUCGCGGGCUAGCACAUGGCAGUGCGACGGCCAGGGAAAAGGCGACACGACGACUUUGUACUGGAACAUCAAGUCGCUGAGCCCAGACACGUACACGGUGUCUUCAGCGCCGCCCUCGUCGUCUUCCACCAAGGGCGGCGGCACCGACAACCCGCUGGCCCUUCCGCCGUUCAGCAAUCUCAAGAUGCGGCUCGUCGACGCCAAUCAGCCCACGGAGCGGCUCGUCUUCUCGCUGCCCGUCAACAAGACGGUCGUGCCUUCGGACGGCGGCACGUCUCUCAAUCGCGCCGCCAAGUGCACCUACGCCGACGCCGAGGUCGAGGCCACGCUGUACACGCGCCGGCAUGGGGGCAAGAGCUUCGACGCCCCCGCCGACGCCGCGGGCGGCGAUGAAGAGGACGGCGGCGCCGUCGCCUGGCCGGGAGACAUCGAGGUCGCACAGCUGAUGAACGCGACCAUCGGGCAGCCGACGUGCGAGGACUCGACCGGUCGCCAGAUUGCGGACGUGCAGGGGGCGUCGGGCACGUGCGAUUGCAUGUACGCAAACGGCAAGUGAGACGGGGGCUUUUGCGGAGGGUCUGUUGAUGAAGGCCGCCCUUCAAGGGCAUGGUGGAUGUGGACAUUGAUUUUCAUUCUGACUGCUCGAGCUGGUUUUCUUGCAACCUGCAGCAGCGUGUUGAGAGAGUUUUUGACUGACUGACUGAUUGACUGACUGCAUACGCCAAUGGUAAUGUCGACGCAUAGCUACGAACUCAUAUACACGACUCGAUUUGAGAUGCGAGAUACCAGGAUCCUGACGUUUUUUUCACUCCUUCAAGUCAAGGAUGGGGGUUACCGGGGAGGACUACCAUGGGUAUAAUAGUAAUGGGCUGUGAGAUAGGUAGAUGCGAAACCGAAUAUA